AGGAGGGUGUGUUUUUCUAUCACUGCAGCAUCAGCAGAGAGGAGAGGGGCACAAUCAAUUUCAUAGAGAAGAGGAAGAAAAGGCACAAGUACAUGAGGAAGAGAGAGGGAAAAGACGCAAGGAGUUGCCAGAGGAAAGCAACAUCACUGAGAAGAGAGGAGACCAGCAGGAGGGCGUGGACCUGACCUACAGAAGAGAGGGGAAAAAAAAGACAAGAGGGACGUACGAGGCCUCCUGGAAAAGAAACAAAGCCUCACACUUGCUCUGCACGAGUGUGUGUGUGUGUGUGAGGUUGCCCUCUGUGUGCGCUUUACUGUACUUGUGUGAGCAGGUGGGACUUUGAUGGGACAGUGAGCAAUGCCUCACACGCAGCGACAGCAGGUUGGCAGUAGGGGGCAGUGCUCCUCUCGCCUCCUCCCCCUCCUCCUCCUCCUCUCCCUGGCUGCCCAGCCCAGCCAAGCAGCCAUACACAUACCGUCCAACUACCACAUAAGUGAUCUCAAGAGGCCUCCAAUGAUCAUCAUACAGCCGGAGUCUGUCACUGUCUUUAGUGUUGAGGACCUCGUCAUGAGCUGUGAAGCCACCGGCAACCCUCUACCCAAUUUCCGAUGGACAAAGGACGGAGAGGAGUUUGACCCAGGCAGUGACCCAGAGCUCAAGGUUUCUGAGCGCCCUGGCUCAUUCGCAUUCUACACACUCAGUAAUACUAUGGAGAGCCUGAAGCCGUACCAAGCCAAAUAUGUCUGCUACGCAUCCAACGAGCUGGGGACAGCCGUCUCUAACGAGGCCACACUCAACACUGAUGUUCCCCCAGUACAGCAGAAAGAAAAAAAGGUUCAUGUGAAAUCUGAAGAGGGAAACAGUAUUGUUCUGAAGUGUAACCCCCCGCAGAGCUCCAUGGAGCCUAUCAUCCACUGGAUGGACUGGAGGCUACACCAUAUCCAGCUAAGUGAACGAGUGGUGGUGGGGAAGGAUGGCAACCUUUACUUUGCCCAUUCGACAACUGAUGACAGCAGGAUCGACUACACCUGCAAUGUCCAGUACCUGGCUACACGCACCAUUCUGGCAAAGGAGCCCAUCAUUCUGACUGUAAACCCCUCCAACUCCGUACUGCGGAACAGGAGGCCCAACAUGAUGAGACCUACUGGAAGCCACAGCACUUACCACACCCUUAAGGGCCAGACUGUGGAGCUUGAGUGCAUUGUCCAAGGCCUUCCAACUCCCAAAGUUUCAUGGCUGAGAAAGGACGGCGAGAUGUCGGAAUCUCGGACCAUUAAAGACAUGUUCAACCGCCGCCUGCGCUUCACUAAUAUCACAGAGAGCGACGGAGGCGAGUAUCAGUGUACAGCUGAGAACCCCCAAGGGAAGGUCUCACACACUUACACUGUGACUGUGGAAGCGGCUCCCUACUGGAUCAAAGAGCCACCCAGUCAGUUAUAUGCCCCAGGUGAGACUGUCAGGCUAGACUGCCAGGCGGACGGCAUCCCCUCACCUACCAUCAGCUGGACCAUCAACGGGACCCCCCUCUCAGCAACCGACAAGGACCCCAGACAUUCCCAGACAGCAAGCGGAUCUCUAAUCCUAAUGGAUGUCAACUUUGGAGACACUGCCAUCUACCAGUGCCAGGCCUCCAACAAGCAUGGAAACAUCCUCACCAACACCAACGUCUAUGUCAUUGAGCUGAGCCCCCAGAUCCUUACUGAGGAUGGGAAUGCAUACACAUUUACAGAGGGCCAGAAGGCUUUACUGGAGUGUGAGACUUUUGGCUCUCCUAAACCUAAAGUCAUAUGGGAGAGCAGCAGCACCUCCUCCCUUCUAGCGGAUCCCAGAGUGAACCCGCUCACCAACGGGGCGCUUGAGAUCACUAAUGUCACUCACGACGAUGAGGGUAUCUACACCUGCAUUAUACAGAACACCAACUUGUCUGUCAAUGCCGAGCUGGAAGUGCUCAACAGGACAGUGAUCCUGUCACCUCCACAGGAUCAGAAGGUGCAGCCUGGAAACACAACAAUCUUCACUUGUCUGGCCCUUAUUGACUCCAGACUCGGCACUGCAUUCAUUCAGUGGAGAAAGAACGAUCAAAAGAUCUUUGAGUCCCACAGUGACGAGAAAUACACAUUUGAUGGCCCAGACCUGAAGAUAACUAAUGUGGAAGCAGAUGAUGAGGCCGUGUACACCUGUCAGGUCAUCACUAAGCUUGACAUGGCUGAAGCCAGUGGCAGCCUCACUUUAUGGGAUCGUCCGGACCCUCCUGUCCUCCUCCAGAUGACUGAUCCUAAGCGUCGUUCAGUCACCCUCAGCUGGACUCCUGGAGACGACCACAACAGCCCCGUGCUAGAAUAUGUGGUUGAGUUUGAGGACCAAGGUUCGAAGGAGAGGGGUUGGGAAGAGCUGAAGAGAGUAGCAGGAACCAAGAAGCGUGCUAGCCUCCCUCUGUGGUCCUACAUGUCCUACCGUUUCCGCGUCAUUGCCAUAAAUUAUGUGGGAAAGAGCAUCCCCAGCAAGCCAACUGAAAUCCACAACACACCUGCUGAAGUUCCAGACAAUAACCCUGAAGAUGUUAGGAGUGAGUCCAAAGACCCAGACACUCUGGUCAUCACCUGGGAGGAAAUGGACAAACGUCACUUCCAUGGGCCUGACUUCAAGUAUCGGGUGUUUUGGAGGCGAGUGUUGGGCAGCGGACCCAACUGGCACACCAACUACACAACCACACCAACAUUCACGGUCCAUGUCAUCGGCAGCUUUUCUGCCUUUGAGAUCAAAGUUCAGGCUGUCAAUGAGAAAGGGGAGGGACCUGAGCCAGACCCCGUCAUUGGCUACUCAGGAGAAGAUGUUCCACUGGAAGCUCCAAUGAAUGUGGGUAUUGAACUCAUGAACAGCACCACCAUCAGAGUGAACUGGGCAGCAGUAGACAAAGAGACAGUCAGAGGACACCUGCUUGGAUACAAGGUAUAUGUGACCAGAGUUGGUUCAAGAGGUCACCACCGAGGCCGGAGGUCCAGGGAGCCAGAGAGCACUGUGGUGGUGGAGACCGGGGCCAACGAGGAGAAGAAGGUGAUCAGUGAUCUCAGACCAUACUCCCACUACGCCCUGGCCGUCACUGUAUUCAACAGCAAGGGAGAGGGACCCCACUCUGAGACGAUGUCCUUCAUUACUAACGAGGGAGUUCCUGGUCCUCCCAUGUCCCUGAUGCUGGACAGCCCAUCAGAGACGGAAAUGACCCUCCACUGGACACCACCUGGCCUGCCCAAUGGAGUCCUGAUUGGAUAUCUACUGCAGUACCAACAGAUUGUGGAGAGUGAUGACAGCCCCAUGCAGGUCGAGACAAUAGACGACCCCACAGUCACCCACCUCACCCUGAAGGGCCUGGACCGCCACAGCCACUACCGCUUCUUCCUGAGGGGGCACACUGCUGCAGGGGACGGAGAGCCCAUCAUGAGGGACGGUGCCACAAUGCUGGAAGGAGAGCCUCCUGCAAACAUCAACCUGUCUGUCGGGGAAAACUCCGUUAACCUCAGCUGGGUGGCCAAGAAGAGACACAGGAAUGUUAGCUUCCAGGUCCACUACCUCAACAAAAAUGAUGGCACUACAUGGAAGAAAACGGAGAAAGUGAACUCCUCGCAGUCUUUCUACCAGCUCCAGGGCCUGACUCCUGGCUCUCAUUAUCGUCUACGCUUCACCUACAGUAACACCACCUUCUGGGAGACUGACGUCGACACAGAGGAAACUGAAGUGAUGGAGGUGCAGCCAAGCUUUGCAACACAGGGCUGGUUCAUCGGUGUUGUGAGCGCCAUCGUGCUGCUGCUGCUGAUACUGCUCAUCCUUUGCUUCAUCAAGAGGAGUAAAGGGGGGAAGUACUCAGUGAAAGAUAAAGAGGAGGGUCCGAUGGACUCAGAAGCACGGCCUAUGAAGGAUGAGACUUUUGGAGAGUACAGAUCUCUAGAAAGUGACCUCGAAGAGAAGCGCACGGCCAGCCAGCCGUCCCUCGGCGAGGAGAGCAAGCUGUGCAGCGAGGACAACCUGGACUUCAACGGCAGCAGUGCCAUCACCACUGAGCUCAACAUGGAUGAGUCUCUGGUCAGCCAGUUCAGCCGGCCCAGCGAGGGUCCAGAGGCGCUGCAUGGCCUGCCAGACAACUCCCCGCUCAACCCCACCGCCAUCUCCCCAGCCAUCAAUGGCUUGCCCAACUCAGUCACCAUCCUCGAUUAAUAUCAGACCAAAACAUGUCAACACUUAUGUGCCCAUAUGCUCCUGUUCCCUACCGACUUGCUGAUCUGUAGUUUAACGACUAAUACACAAUCAAUAUAUUGACUAUUCAGAUGCCCCUGGCAGUCAUCUGAUCGACUGGACUGUUUUGACCAAAGGAGUGUCCAAAGUAGUGGACAAUGUGAUACAAGUUUGACUGACCUGAAGAUGUCUUUCGACCUGCCCUCAUCCUCCUUUUUAUGUGUGUAGUUUACAACAUGACUAACAUUAUUUCUCUCCCUUUCCUCUCUUUAUUUCUCUCUGCAGACAACUCUAUAGAAAGCUAAAGACAGAAUGUUGUACAGGUAGAGAUAUCAGAGGGAUUGUAGGGAUGGUCCUAUAUAGAGAUGCAGAGUAGAGCAUUGAGAGCUGAGGCUGAUGGUAGAGCCUAGUGGGGAAAACAGACAGCACAUGCUGCUGUCAAAGUCUGAGAUAUUUAUCAUGCCUUAUAUUAUUUAUGUCUAAUGCCAUUUGAUGUCUCAGAUUGUACCUCCCAGUGACAUUUUACUUUUAUUUUUACAAAUGUGUUUGAAUACAAAACAUCCUUUUCUGUUAUCUGACUUUUUUUUAAUUUAUUUUUUAAAUCAUCACUUUUUCAUAUUGUUUUUCUACACCAUUUAUAUAAAACUAAUGACUUCUCUUUGUUGACAUAUUUCACAGAUCAAGAUGUUUUCAUUGAAACUAAGUGAAAGCAAGUUUCUUGCUAUAAAUAUCUUUGGAUGCAUAAGGGGAACUUGCCGUGAACAUGCUGAGUAGCAUCUGGUGUAUAUAGCUGCAUCUACAUCUAUCUAUUUAGCCAUAAUACAGUAUUAUAGAUAUGUACAUGCUCCUUAUAAGUUCCUGUGCCUGCUGGGUCUGCAUAGAGCACCAGAUCGAUGUCAUUACUCUCUCGCCUUCCCACCAGAAGUGUAAUGUCAUUAUUGGAAAUGAUAUUGUAAUUUUUUUGUGUCGAAACCUAUGUGUAGCUUUCUGUAUCUGUCUUUGUCUCUUUCUACACUGUAUUAAAAAACAUUGCUGUCUCUAAUUAACAAUCUUUUCAUACCUGUCCAUCUCAUACUUCGCAAACAGUUUGAGGAGCAGUAUUUAUGUAUAUUUACAGAUCAGAGAGUGGAGUCUUGUGGGCAAACACUCAUGUUUUAUUUUCAGACCCUCAUCAUUGCAAGUUGAUAUUGCAGACAAGCGUAAUGAUUGCCAGUUGAUGUAUAAUAAAGGCAAGCAGUUGGUAUUGACAUCAAACACAGAGAAUGUAUUCUUUUCAGAGCUGGGCAGACAUUGUAUUUACAUGCUACUAAUUAAAAAAAGAUCUGAGCUACAAGGCACUGGAGUGGUUUUGAGAAUAACAGUUUUUUUUCUCCACAGAAUGUAAAUACAACCCUUAAAGAGUGUUUUGAUGAACCCAACCAUGUUUGAUAUAAAAAUGUGAAAAAUGUGCAGGUUUGAAAUCACUUAACUUAAUUUUAAAGUGUUGCAAGUUGUCAUUUUCUUCUUUGUACUAUUGCUAAAAAUGCAAACUUUCCAUUUUUGACAAAUGAUUGCAGUGACAUUUGGUUGUUUUAGCAAAGACAUUGUUCAUAGUUGAGGGAGAAAAAAUUAAAAGAAAAAAAUUCACAUUGUUCUGUAGAUGUUUGCAAUCGUUUAAAAAAAAAAAAAAAAUGUACAUUCGUGUCAUUUAGUGAUAGUAGUAGUUCCAUUCAAAGCUAAGAUUGCGUUCAUGCCCAUAA